AAAUUGAGUCAAAUAACAUAUUUUUUCUCAUUCUGAAAAGCCCCCUGAUCAGGCUGAUGUGGUACCUGCAAAAGUGGAAUUUUUAUAUUUUUUCCUCCAUUAAUGAAUCCACAGACCAUGAUGUUGUUUUGUGACAUGAUGUUGGAAUGAGUCCUGGCUAUGUAAACGCCAAUAGAGAGUGCUCCACUCUGCAGACAUGCACAGCCUAGGCAACAUUUUUUUAAAUUUUAAUUUGAAUUGUAAAUAUGCCUUACAUGAUAUAAGGCUUUUACUGCUUUGAUGGCGUCACUUUUCAGUGAUGCUCUUAUGCCCUAGGAAAUUACGAAGUAGAAGUUGGAAAUAAGUAAGCCCUAGACAGCGUAUCAUUCCCCUCAUUGUCUUGUAGGUUAUGGUGGCCAUGUGAUUGUCCCAGUAUUCACUAAAUUAUCAGCAUACUAUAUAACUUAAAAAAAUUCAGAAGUAUCAAAAUGUUUAGAUCUUCAUUUGUCCAAUCUUGUUUUGUUUUUUAUUCUUUUAACACUAAAUGCACAUACAACUUCACUUAUUCACUUGUAUUAAGUUAUUCCAGUUGUUAACUACUCUGUGAGAAAAUUUGUUAUUGUAGCGAAUUUGGGCCGAGCGAUAUGUUGUUAAACUGUUGUCUGCUGCUUUUACAGUAAGGCGUAGGAUUUUGCUAUUGUACACUUUCACUUUCAUUUUGAAUAGUUAGGAAACCCGCUAUAUUUCAAUCAUCUUAAAAGUUAUUAUUUCAUUGGCAAAAUACGUUUCGGAAGAAUAGGAGGCUAAAGGAAAUAUUAUAUAACAUGGCAAAUAAUGAAGACAGAAAUCCAAGAAGGACCAUUUGGAAUCUGCGAAGUAACAUCAACAACAUUCCUUCAAAUAUUGUUCGAAAUCAGAAUGUUCAACACCAAGUUGGACAGGUUGUGAGAGGGGUGAUACCAGGAGUUAACCCACAGCCAGAGUACCACAGAAACCCAUACCUGCAGCACCUGUACACCCAACAUGAUGUGGACGGGGGCAGACCCCAGGGCACAGACCAACUUGAUAUGCUGGAAGCCCAGCUGCAGGAGGUUAUAGGUCAGCACACAAAUACUCCAGCUGAUGAGGAGGCUGGGCCACACGGACACACACACAGCCAACAGGUGGUGCCACAGGAUUGGAGCGUGCUCCUUGGCUCCUUCACAUUCAUUAUCCUCCUCGCUCUCAGACUCCUAGCAGACCAUGUCCUAGGUAUUUUGGUGUUCUUAGGCUUGUCGCUGGUUUUCCAUUAUGCCAAUACAAGGAUGAUUGAAAUUGUUCAUAUUACUUCACUUAGGGACAAGCAACAUUCUAGAGGGGUUUACAUGUCCGGCCUGUGGCUUAUUGUGUUUUUGACGUUCCAAAUAGCUGUUAUAUACCUGUUCUUUUCCGAACAAGAGCUGCAUAGAGUGCUGUAUUACAGGCUACCAGCCACGUGGAAGGGAGAUGUGUUUGACCUGUUCUGGGUGGCUGUGAUCUCGGACUACACUGUACGUUUUGGUGCCAUCAUUCUGAAGGCCCUAGUUGCAGUCACCCCGACACUCUGCCUUCCACAGAAGAGAAAAGGAAAGUACUACAUGAUGAUAGAGAUGUUAACACAGCUGUACAGAACAACUUUACCGGUGCUUCCUUGGGUCCAUUUUCUGUAUGACCAACCAGUGUCAGGAAAACUUAUAUUUUUCGCCAUUCUAGCAACUGCUUAUGUUAUAGUAAAAAUUUGGAAUUUAUGCCGAAACUUAGUAAUAUUAAAAAAGGCUUUCUUCACAUUCUUAACAGAUGUGAAGUAUGGCGUUGAGCCAAGUGUUGAGGAGGUGAAAUCUCGCGGGGAAAACUGCCCAAUCUGUCAGGACGACUACCAGGAUCCCAUCAUGCUCCAUUGUAAGCACAUAUUCUGUGAGAACUGUGUGUCUAUUUGGUUUGACCGUGAGAAGACAUGCCCGAUGUGCCGCGCGGAGAUACAGCACGAGAGCCCCGUGUGGCAGGAUGGCUCAACCAGUGCUCACUUACAGUGGUACUGAACCACCCAUCUCCAGCUUGUCUGUGUUAUCUAUAUGUGUAGGGUAUUAUUACACUUAACGGGGACUUCAAAUUAUCAUUGGGGAGAGGAGCUGUGGAGGUCUUUAGUAUUUGUAUAGAAUUUGUAUUUUUGGUUUACAUGUAUUUGUUUAUGUUUCACUUAGAGUUGUGUUAUAUAAUAAGAAAGUGUAUGAAAUGUU